CCCGCUUUCUCCUGUGCAGCCGAUGCGCUUCUCGUCUCCAGAACCUCGUCUCCACAAGCAUGUCCUCAGACAUGCAGCCACGGUGGCAUGAAGCGACCCAAAGGAUGCGGCCAGAGCAGCAUUUGCGCGGCGGCCAUGGCUAUUAACCAUGCGGCUGGAGCCAGAUACGCCCAUCGUUUGCUUCUGUCGGAGAAACGUCUCUUUGGUGCUACCCUCAGUGCAGGCUCUCUGAAUAUGCCAGCGAAGCACAUGAAGGCCCUGCGGACUGCUUAACGCUCUCUGGUUCCAUCUGAGUCGUAGGUGGCAACAAAGAAACCAAAUGCCAUGGAUGUCCUUAACUUUACAUACUGGAAUGCCUCUGAAGGCAAUGAGACAGAAGCCGUGGAAGAGAGAGACAGCCCUUACAAGACCGUGGAGGUAGUGUUCAUCGUGUUGGUGGCUGGCUCGCUGAGUUUGGUUACCAUCAUCGGCAAUAUCCUGGUCAUGCUGUCCAUCAAAGUGAACAGGAACCUUCAAACUGUCAACAACUAUUUUUUAUUCAGCCUUGCAUGUGCUGACCUAAUCAUUGGACUUUGCUCUAUGAACUUGUACACAGUAUAUAUAGUAAUAGGCUACUGGCCCCUGGGGCCGGUGGUGUGCGACUUGUGGUUGGCUUUGGACUAUGUUGUCAGUAAUGCAUCUGUCAUGAAUCUCCUCAUAAUAAGCUUUGACAGAUACUUCUGUGUCACCAAGCCCCUGAGCUACCCUGUAAAGAGAACCACCAAAAUGGCAGGAAUGAUGAUCGCUGCUGCCUGGGUCCUUUCUUUCAUCCUCUGGGCACCUGCCAUCCUCUUCUGGCAGUUCAUCGUUGGGGGACGGACGGUGCCUGAGAGAGAGUGCUACAUUCAGUUCUUUUCCAAUGCCGCUGUCACGUUUGGAACCGCCAUCGCCGCCUUUUACCUGCCAGUCAUCAUCAUGAUUCAGCUGUACUGGCAAAUUUCGAGAGCAAGCAAAAGCCGAGUGAAGAAGGACAACCGCAAGCCGUCCGGAUCCAACCCAGAGCCUUCGUUACCUGGCCAGAGGAGAGAGAGCACUCCCAAACCCAACAACAACAACGUAGCUGGGGAAGACGGAGCCCAUUCCCAGAACCAGAGUGCGGAUGAUGGGGCCAACCAGCAUGACGGAAAACUUCAGAAUGGCAAAGGCCCCUCAUCCUCUACUGCUGACGUGGAAACUGAGGGUGACAGCGUGGCGAAGGAGAACUGCGCUCCUGCAGAGGAGAAGGAGAGCUCAAACGACUCGACAUCCGGCAGUGUGGCGGCUUCCAAUCAGAAGGACGACGAACCAGCGGCGUCCGCAGCCAACUCCAGCGCUGAGGCCACCCAGCAGCUUCCGCGGCAGCGAGCCAAAGCGGGCGGCUCCAAACUGACCUGCAUUAAGAUCAAAACCAAGUCCCCGAAGGGCGACUACUACACACCAUCAAAUGCCACGGUCGAGAUUGUCCCAACCACGGAGCGUCAGAACCACGUGGCCAGGAAGAUCGUGAAGAUGACGAAGCAACCCCCAAACAAGAAGAAGAAAGGCGCCCCGUCGCGGGAGAAAAAAGUCACCCGCACCAUCAUGGCCAUCCUGGUGGCUUUCGUCGCCACCUGGACUCCGUACAACGUGAUGGUGCUCAUUAAUACUUUUUGUUCCAGCUGCAUCCCCGGCACUGUUUGGACUAUCGGUUACUGGCUGUGCUACAUCAACAGCACCAUCAAUCCGGCCUGCUACGCUCUGUGCAAUGUCACGUUCAAAAAGACAUUCAAACAUCUUCUUCUGUGCCAGUACAAAAACAGCAGGUCAGCCAGAUAAAUACAAGCCCCCCCUUUGGAGGAGGCGUUGAACUAGGGUGUGCCUGUGUGUGUGUGUGUAUGUUGUACGUGUGGGGGUUUGUCGUAAGUGUCUCUGUGAUAGAAAUGCGCGAGGACGAGACAAGAACAUUUCAAAAUCACUUUCUACCAUUUUGUCGUUAGUUUUCCAUUUUCUCUCAACAACCUGUUGUAGCACUUUAUUCCUAAUCAACUGAAUUUGGUUGCUGUCACUUGUCUGUGUUGUGCAGAAGCAGCGUAUGUAAUGAGGGUUUAAAAAAAAGAAAAGAAAAACCUUAUUUAGAGUUGUAACCUUGAAAAAAAUUAAAUAAACAGCUAACAGAAGGAGAGUAACCGUGAAAGACGCUGAGCAAAUUGAUAAAAACAAACAAAAAGAAGAAGAAGUAAAGCUAAAAAAAAGGCAGAGGACACUUCCAAAUGGGAAAAUAGGGCUGACUGAAUUUCCAAACCUUACAAGUUUAAAAUUCGGUCAAGACACUUGUAGAUAACUGUACAUAAACGGUGUGUGUUCUAUUUGCGUGUACGUAUGUGGGUGUGGGCUGGCGUCGUGCCCGCGCACACGCCCGCCUGCGCUUCUUUGCUUGCCUUCUUUCUACGCGUGAUCAUCCUCAGCACGGCUCUUCCUACCGGCGGUAUACAGAAGAAAUGUCACCGUUGUGUUUAGUCCUCUGCGGAUUUCAUCCUGAUUGGUAGUUAUUCUUUCUAACACCAAAAAAAAAAAGCUUCGGUGAAGAUCAGUAGGCACAACUUAGUCAAAGAUUAAUGCAAUAAAGUUUAACUUGUCAAAUCUGCACAUCGGAUAACCAAACUGAAACAUCCAUAAUACUGAAACAUUACUAUUGUGGCUUCAUAUUAGUUUAAAAGAGCAUAUGUUUUUUUAAGCUUUAGUGAUGAGUAAAUAUCUUUCACAUUAACGGGGUGUUUGGAUCUUCUAGAAGACAGUCUAAGAAGAUUACUAUACCGAGUUCCCAUCUAAGUCUCCUAAAUGUCUUAUAUUCUUUGGAUAUUCUUCAUCAAAAUGACACAGAAUAUUUUCACCACUUAAAAGAAACAUCUGACCUUCAUUUUUGAAAGUUUCCUGAUCAUAGUUCAAGACAAUAAAGAUUGUCAAGAAAACUGCCAGCGACUGAAUUUAGAUUUUUUUUCUUCUCUUAUUCAAUAAUAUUUCAAAUUCCACCCUUGGGGCCUGGAAUCCAGCGUGUUUUAGGUGUGUCCAUGCUCUAAUGCAGCAAAAUCACAUAGUUAAAUCAUCUUCUUAGCAUAAUAACAGCUUCUGCAUAGACCUGGUAACAAUAAGCCAAGCAGCUAAAGGAUGCAUGUCAGCUGUCCCUAAAGAACAGGAAUUGGACAACCAUGGCUAAAGGUUCUACAGAGAACCAUUGUUUUGGGAUGUUUUCUCUAGAUGGCGCACAGUAGGGACACCUGUAAAUAAGCACAUUUCUGAUGUAACAUCCUGCAUUUUUUUUUUAUAGUACUGAAAAAAGAAUGACUUGUGGGUAAAAACAAACGAAGUAAAGCUCGCACAAGUCCUUAUUUGCACGAUGCACCACUUAUUUUGUCCAAGAAGAGGAUAUACGCAAACACAAAGCCUAAUUUGGACCAAUAAAAGUAGAACGGGAAGGAUUACACAAAGAGGUUGUGACAGAGACUGCUAUCAUAUCGUCACAUUUCUAUUUUGUGAGGCUUUUCUUUCAAAUAAUUUAGGAAAUACAGCUUGUCAUGUACUCUUAAAGUGAAAAUAAAAGGGAAUAAAUGAAGGCACACAGAUCAGACAACCAAAAUUAAACAAACAAACAAAAGAAAUCUAUUCAUAUAUGGCAUGAAAUUGUUCAGUCCCACUUUUUCAUUUGCCAGAAUUCUCAUCAGAUCGCCCGUUAAUGCUGACGGUGUCAGUUUUUUUAUGGCAACUAUUAGGAAAUGUAUGUUUGCCGUCAAGUUGUUGAGAACCCGGUGAGUCAAACAGGAGGUAGGAGCUCAGAGCCGUCCUGUGUUAGGGUCUGUGGGAGGGCAUUGUGUGCUGUAUGUGUGAGAAUGCGUGUGUGUGCAGAGGAGGGGAUGACUUGAUCUGGUCUUUCGGAUUCGUUGACGGACAUCAUGGCGAACUCCUGGAUGUGUGUGGGUAUGCCUGCUGACGUGUGCUUGCGCGCUCCAAGUGUGGAGUUGACUUCUGAUCACAGGUCUCAGCCUCGUGAUUUUAAAAAGGGCUACUUUUGAUGUCUCCAUACACUUGUUGUGACUCUUCUCCAUUUCAUAUCCUAAUUGAUUCUCACCCAUCGUAGUUGAAUUAAAAGUGACGAGUCGCUGUGUUUGCUUUCGUGCCAGCAGAAACGAGAAAGAAAAAAAUAUCAAUUUACCGAGAGGCAUGUUCCGUGUUUCCAUGCAUGUCAUCCAUCAUUUCAGCCUAUUAGACCAUUCUCGGUUACAGUAAUGCGGCUUGCUCGUUGGAGUGAUGAAUAUGCAGCAGCAUUUGCCAUCAGGAGGUUGCCACAGUGGCUGGUAGGGGGGCUUUGCUGAGAUUUACGCCUGCACCGGAUAGCUCCUUGAGGCUGUCGGCUUUAAAGAGAGAUCUGGGACAGAUCCUAUAAUGAAAACUCACCAUGAGGCUGAUCAGAUUACGGGCCGAUGUGGAACACCUACAUUUUAGAUUAAAGGCUGGCCAUUACACGCUCAGCUUGGGGUUGCAUGCUACAAGCCGGUGCCCCACUUACGGCAUUGCUCUUCACGUUCGUUAUCUUUGUAUGGUCUCUAAUUCUCGUAAGGUCAUGGCUGUAACAUAAAUAUUCCAUGUGCAACUGUGCUGAGCGCCGUGUUACUUAUUAACGUUUUCAGUAUGUUGCCCCUGAAAUCUUUCCUCCAGGUAGAUACGAUUAUUAAUACGUUUAAGGCUCCGAUACGACAGACUUAACAUUCAUAUAUUUGCAUCUUACCAACUGAAAGACCUGUUGAAUUUCUGAUCAGCAAAUAUUAUUUUCUAAACUUUUCCAUGAGGACCGGUCCAUUUAUUGUCUAGUUUAGUUCUUCGCUUCCCUUGAAUAUUUGCUCAUUUCGUCAUAUUACAACGACAAACCGCUACUGUCAUGUCUUGAACAGCUUUUCAAAUCUCUAUCAAUGUUGCCCAUUCUUUUUUUGGAAAAUAGCGCAAUCGCAGAGGGCAUCUGUGAGGAUCCAUUUCCAAAUUUUGCUACAGGUCCUUAAUCAGGUUUGGGCCUAGACUUUGACUGGGCCAAUCAGAGACGUGAUGAUUUGACCAAACUCAUUCCUUUCUAGCUCUGAGCGCGCUUUUAGAGUUGCUGUGCUACUGAAAGGUGAACUUCUGACCGAGCCUCAAGUUACUUGCAGGCUGCAGCAGGUUUUCUUCCAGGAUUGCUCUGUAUUUAGCUACAUUCAUCUUCCUAUCAACUCUGACUAGUUCUGUUUUGGUCUUAUCUAACUAGAGUACCUUCCUCCGCAUUUGCCGUGUCCUCUGCAUGGCUUAUCAUACACUGCAAAUAGCCACUUCUUUUGGCUUUCUCAUUAAAGUUCAGAUCCUUUUGACUGUAUUUCCAUUAGGAUUACACACGGGUGCAGUUUAUGCCUCUAAUGCGGUCAGUUCUGCUCAUAAUUGUUUGCACCAUUAUUGUUGGGUGCAUCGGUGAAAAGGAGGCUAAACAAAAAUGCAUGCCACACUUUUAAGACUUUAGUUGACACAAAAUGACAACCAUGUAUCAUUUCUAAUCAGGCACUUCUUUGUGUUGGUCUGUCAUAUAAAAGUUAUCCAAAAACACACAGGAAUGAGAAAAAAGUGUAUAUGAUGAAGACUCUGAUGAAGACUUUGAAAUCUUGUAUUUCUAUGUGCUUUUAUUGCUUUAAUUCAUCUAUAUUGAAAUUCCUAAAUUAUACACAAAUCAAUUGCCGAUCUUAUCGCUCUUUAAAAGCAGAUGGCAUGAUCUCAAUUGAUGAGACUACAUGUGGGAACUUUAGAUGAUUAAUGUCCCUUGUUUAAGUAAAUUACGGGCCUCUGAUUAUAUCAGCCUUGGCCUUUUUAAAGUAAAUGAGUUACUCCCUCCUUGAAAAAUAUGGACAAGAACAAUUGAUUACUCAAUCACUGGAGUGUUCAUUACUGACCAAGAAAAUUAAUUAUUGAUAAAAUGGCUAAUUCCAAACCAUCUAUGAUUUUUUUAUAUAAGGGAAUAGGUAGGAUAUUGUAAACAUAUGAUGGAAAAUGUCUUGUGGAUUCGCGUCCGUCGCGCAGAGGAGUGGAGCGACGUCUGUUUGUGAUCAGUCACACAUCCAAAUAGGGACCAAAAAGUUUUCCAACAGCAUUCGAUUAAUCUCCGCCUAGCUGUGGCCUGACAGAUAGCAGCAGGAGAGUAAGUGCUGGUCCGAGGAUCUCAGUUUGAGGGGCGCGUGAGGAAAGGUGAUGGCAUUUUAUCACUUCCCGGAGUGGUUUAAAGGGGGGGGGCACGUUGCAUCAACCAAACGGAGGUGCUCACAGCAGGGAUCAGCGCUCUUUGUUCACUUGGUGGUGAAGGCGAAAACACGUGUGAAACUGACUUUGGACGACGUGCACUGAUGGCAGAACAUGAGAGCCUUGUCUGGUUGCCACGCAUACAAAGGAUGAACCAAUCUGAUAGCAGUAAACUACGGUGUAAGGUAUGUCCACCCCCCGCAUGAAUGAAAAACAAAGCAGCGCAUGGCUGAGUUAGAAAACUUGAGGGUGGGUUAAGGGUCUUGGUGUACUGCUGGAAGUCAUCGGCCACCACGGCAUCAACGCAGGUUCAGUCCAGAACAGCUUUUCUCUCCCGGGUAUUUAGCUCUAUACGUCAACUCGGAUCAGCCCCUUUGCUCCAGCUUUAGCAAACCAACAGCAUGCUACAGCCACCACCAUGAGUGACUACAGGGUUUAGGGCUGAACGGUAAUUCAAUAACAAUAUCGAUGGAUGUAUAUCGAUGAUAGAAAAACAGGGUCAAUAAAAGUUCAAUAGAAUAAAAGUUUUCCUUCCUUUUUCAUUCUAGCCUAUCCUGUAGGACCAAUCCCAACCUCCCAACCAAUCACAACACAGACCCAGGAACUCUCUAAAAUGGCUAGGGCUGCACUUAAAAUAUAUGUUUUUUGAAGUUGUUGAUAAGUAUUGAAAUCGAUCAAUAUGAUUUCCAUUUUACCGAUGUGCUUUUUUCUGCUAUAUCGUCCAGCUCUAAUGGGGUUGUCUUCUUGUACACUGUUAAUUUUGUUAAAAUGGAUUAAGUUGCAAAAAUGCAAUCCUUCAGGUGACUUCUGAAGGAUUGCAUUUUGGUAAGGGAUAAUUGAUGAAAACAGGGUAUUUUUUAUUUUUUUUGUAAAGAAAUUUCAAAACCACAUAUGCUUUUUGGCUCUACUUCCCUUCUGCACUAGUUUGUGCCGGUCUAUCGCGCAAAAUCAUAUCUGAAUAACGCGGAAGACGUUGAAGGUCGGGGUUGUAAAGUGACAAAAUAUGAACACUAUACGCGUGAAACAGAUGAGGAGGACGUGUGGGGAGAACUGAAGUAGAAACGAGGCAAGUGGACCAUGUUUGGAGAAGCCUCAGCUACACGUCGGACAGGUCAGCCAGGAAUUCUGAUGUUCCUGUCAAAUCCCUCCAUCUGGUGAAUGUUACACCACCGUUUACUAUCCCUCGCGCUCCUUUCGCUGCAAACAGAAUUUGCUUCUUUGUGGUUUUAUGGUUGCAAGCUUCCCAUUUUAUGAGUCCACUAAACCGGCGGCGUAUUCGUUGGUAUGUCAAAUAGGACUAAAGUAAACAUUGUGUGUGUAUUCGUCAGAUCAUAAUGUGCCGUGAGAGCUAGCUGGGCUCCUGUUCAUACGGCUUGUGUCAAAGGGCUAAAAGGCGCUCCUUAUAUGGCGAGCGCGUGACGCGUAACGUUAGUCAGAGACAACUUUGGAUUGAAGGGGUCUCUGGCUUUUAUUCUAGAAGUCGUGGGUGUUGCUGGGAGUAUUCCCAACAAUCUUGAGCUGACGAAGAAGCACCUUCUCCAAAUUUGGAGAUUUUUUUUUAUUUAUUUAUUUUUUGGCUUUUGAUGAUGGAUAUAUCGCCGGAUUGUACGGAGCAAUUUGAAGUGCCUUAUCCAGAGUGACAUGAAUAAAUUGCUCUUUUUGAUCUUUGAAUUCUUUACGCAGAUUCAGUGUGAGUUUGUUGAGGCUGUGCACAUUUAAGAGAACUGCAAUCCAGUCUUCCCAAAUAUUAACCUAGAGUUUUUUGUUUUUUGUUCUUGCUCUGAGCUCCUAUUCUUUAGAUUCGAUAUGACCUAUUGCGGAGGAAAUGAAAAAUUAAGACUGAACUAAAAUAAGAAUUUCAAUGCCUUUAAUUCAUCAUCGCUAAAACAAUAAGCAGUCAUAGCAGUGACAAAUAUCAGUAAUAUAGCGUGCUGCUUAAGCUGAGUUCACAGUCACACAAAAAAACGUGCAGCUCAGCCUGUGUGUGUCUGUCACUGUUACAGAUCAGUGCUGUCAUUAAUUUGAGUGUGUGUGUGUGUGUGUGUGGUUGGGAUGUGCAUUGGUUGCUGUAAAAUAUUUUUAGACUUCUUGAGUUUUGGUAGGUUUUUUUGUUGUUGUUUUUUUUUUUAUUAAUUGCAUUGUUUGUAUGAAAGCAUCAACUUGGACAAAAAUAAUGUGACACAAAUCAAGGAAGUUCUGCCACCUGUCCUCAUUUUUUCCUGUUUAAAACAUUGUUUCUGCAGUAAAAAAAAAGAAAAGAAAAAGCUUCCAAAGACUCUGACACAGCUUUCUGUGCUAUAGAAAUAUAUGUAGUUACACAAUAUUGUACAUUUUAUAACACAUUUUGUAAAUCUGCAACUUUUAUCAUUGUACAGAGUGUAAAUGUAGUAUUGCAAAUUAUUCUAUGAUCCAUGUACAGCCAGUUUGUUGCUUUUUGUUUGAGAAAACGUUCUUUACAAUCUAUAGAUAUUGUGAUUUAUGAGAGAUAUAAUGACGGAGGGUAUGACUUAUAUGUGCAUUUUUAAAGUUUCAUGAUUUGCUGAAGAA